CCUACAGUACACACCCUCUUUACUCCAAAGAAUCAGAAUCGCUCACCAGCGACACGAACAACCAAGUUCUCACAAGCAUUCGAUGCAGGCGCAACCUCAUCAGCUGCAAAUUGCUCUAGGUCAUUUGCUGUAACAUAGAUCACCGCGAUCAAAAUCGCGACCGAUUGCUCCACCCGUGGCGCAGCAGUCGACGCAAGUUCCAGUGUCCUCAUCUCGACGACCAGACCUGGACGUCCGCCGAGUCCGCCGACCCCGAAACGAUUCCGACUCUACAAUCACGACACAAACUUCUCGGUAGUCAGGGAGCUUUUACAAUGAGCACGUUCGCCAAUUCAUUCUGGUCUGCCGACUAUGCUGGAGGUCUGGGUGUACUUUUUGGAAAACUCCAGCAGGGCGUGCAAGAGAAUGAACAGAUCUUGACGGUGGCGCGUAUGCGCGCAGACGCCGAAGACGCAUAUGGACAAAAGCUGGGAGAUAUCGAAACAGCCACGAAUCGCAUAGAUGGAGGAUUUCAGAGGGAUGACGGCGCUAGCGUCAAGAAGGCGUACGAAGGCGUCCGCUCAGAAAUGGGCGAGGCUUCUCGCAAUCACCGCAAGAUCGCAUCAAACAUACGGGAGCUGGUGGUGAAUCCGUUUGGCCGCUGGUGCGAUCAACACGCCUCCCGCGUGCAGAACAGUCAUGACGAUCUACAGAGUCGGAUUAAGGCCCACGAUCGUCAGGCUGACACGGUCCGUCAAUACCGGAGCGCAUACUAUAACAAAUGCCGUCGCGUGGAAGAUCUCGACGAGGAAGAAAAACUUGCUUUUCAGGAUCCCAACGCAGCAGCUGUUGCGCCUGUUGGUUCGCCAACUUCGGCCACAACUAGUGUUCCGAGUAUCAAAGUAGAGGAAGAAGCUGAGGCGGAGCCGAUCGAAAUCGGCGACGAGUCUUAUGAGCCUGAACAGAUCAAGAAGAUCAUGACACAUCUUCUCAGCAACAUCAGACUAGGCGAAGCCAAAGUGCCGAUUCUUGGAACCUAUCAAAACGUAACCACCGGCGCGGAGAUCACCGAAUACAUCCAGAAACAUCUCGGGGGCACAAGCAUUUCCUAUGCCGAACGUAUCGGUCAAGAUCUGAUCACUCAUGGAUUUCUGCGCUUGGUCGGCAACAUGGGCAAUUCAUUCGCAAACAGCAGCAAAAUGAAUUACCAAUGGCGUCCGAAGGCAUUUCAGUUGACUGGAAUUCCAGAAAAGCGACCAAAGUUACUUGGACGGAAUACUACCAUGACAAACGGUUCUGACACUGGUUCGAUCAUCGACAGCCCUGUCAUAGGAGACCGUGUCAGCGAGUACCUCGGCGGCUGGAAUCCUCUCAAUAAUGCGCAUCCCAACGAGACACCGGCCGAGAAGCUCAGGCGCGAAGGCCGCGAAGCCGAUGAGCGGUACAAAGCUGCAGUCAAGAAACUCGACGGUCUGCGCUGCACCUUGGAGGAAGCCAUGAUCGAUCACCUCAAAUUUAUGGAACGCUGCGAGCUCGACCGAUUGAAGGCUAUCAAGAGCGUCAUACUCGAUUUUAGCGGUGCUAUCAGUAACGUCAUUCCUUCGCUGCAGUCGACAGUCGAUAAUAUGAUGCUCUUUCAGGAGACUGUACAGCCGCUCGGUGACCUCCGAUAUCUCCUUGAAAACUACCGUACCGGUAGCUUUUUCCCUAAGGUUACAACAUAUGAGAACUAUUACAACAAUGUCGACGAGCUCACAUUUGGUGUCGACAUCGAAGCUCGGGCCCGAAGCGAUCGCAAACGUGUGCCACAUAUCAUCACGUCCAUUUUGACAUUCCUGGAUUCGCACUAUCCCGACCUCGAGGGUGACGAAGCGCGACGCAGCAUUUGGAUGGUGGAGGUACCUCUGGCUGCGACACAUCACCUUCGCAACCAAAUCAACACAGGCAAGCCUAUUGAUCCGGAAUUACUUGACAAGUAUGAGGUGCCAAUCGUGGCCUCGGUCCUAAAGCUCUAUCUUUUGGAGCUGCCUGAUAGCCUCGUCAGCUCGCACGUGUACGAAAUCAUCAAGACCAUCUAUACCACGACAUCGCAAUCAGGCUCGGAGGAAGCCCGGGUGCAGGUCAUCCAAUCUACCCUUGGUCAACUACGACUGGCGAACAUCGCUACUCUUGAUGCUUUAGUGACGCACUUCACACGCCUGAUUGACCUCACAAGUGCCGAUGACGCCUACACUACUCAGCUUGCAUCCGUUCUGGCGCCAUGCGUCAUGAGACCUAAACAGGAGACUGGACUGAGCAUGAACGAGAAGUUCAACAUGCGGUUGCUAAAAGACCUCUUUGCACACAAGGAUGCGAUCUUCGGCGAGCUGAAACGACAAUCGACCUUGACGCACACUAACUCUGGUGCCACUCGUCAGGUGCGCGCAGUCAGCACCGACGAGUCUAAGCGCCGAGAGCACAUGGAAGAACGACAAAGAGCCAUUGCAGCUGCGACUCAGGUCAGCCAGAGACAUCGCGGCGUGAGUCCCAGCGGAAGCACACGCAUCUCUGGAGAGGGAGGUCACCGCAGGGAUCGCAGCCGUGGCCCUGAGACCCGCUUCCCAGUCGCCGCCAGUGUAACGUCUAGUCCCACGACGACGCGGCACAUGUCGCGCACUACGUCCAUCUCAUCCAGUCACCGCGAUAGCUUGUUGGUUCCUCAAAGCCCACCAACUCUGCCACCUAAGAACGAGUUCACCGUAGACUCUCCUCGCACCAACGGAAGGUUCGGCUCGAUCCAUCAACCGCCUCCCCAAGACGACGAAGUUCCAUUACGACAGCGGGCAGGCACGGAGGCUGCUAAGCGCAUCUCAGUCGUGCCCGCCAUGUCUGCGUCCAUCUCUUCGCCUUCUGAUUUCAAUGCACCGGGACACUAUUACAGCACCAGUCUUGAUAGCCCGAUUGGGCCGCCAGCCGAUCGGGCUCUGGACGGCAGUACUCCUACGAAGAAAGACAGCCUUGCUCGCCGUUCCGCAGUUCCCCUGAAGAAGACUUCGGGUAGCAUGAAUCGUUCAAGUCUCGUUGGCACGUCCAGUCUGCCCUCGCGUAAUGAUGCCUCCGAGACUCCGGCCAGCACAGCCUCGCCAGUCGAUCAGUCAAGCGCGAAGCCGCCCGCAGGCGUCCAGCUCGAAGACAAGCCCAUGGAUUUCGACUAGGAUCCGGUCUCAUGAGUCUCCUCAGAGUUAUUGUCCAACUAAAUUUUAAUUUGCGGCGUUUGAUGUAUAAUCUGACAUUUGCUCAGCAUUGCACCUUUAUCACUGUAAGAGUAUCGUGGAAUCUGUAUUGAUUGACUUGGCCUGAUUAAGAUGUCGCAAGACAACGCUCCGCCUGUGAUCGCUGUCAUGCGUUUUCUAGCACAUGCGGGUUUGCAUUUCGUAAAUGAAGGUAGCGUUUAGGUCAUUUGUAGAAUACAAUGCAUGUAUUUCCUCGCUUAU